GCCGAUAUGACGUCACGUCCGGAUAAACAAAUGUGCAGAGGAAUCGCGCGUAUAUUUAGGAGUUUGAUUUCUACGAUAAAUAUGAUGAAUGGAAUGGUAACAUCGAUUGAAAUGAAUAAAGUACAGUCCAUAAUUACUAACAAAACCAACAAUCCAGGUUGACAAAGAGAAAUAAGCGUAAAAAUAGCGAUAUAAGUGGAGUCAAUCUGGGUCGCCAGACGCACAUAAAAGGUAUAGUAAGAAAGCGUCGGUGGGCUGUAAAAAAACAACAAAGAAGACCGCUGAUAAAGGGAGUGAUAUCAGAUAACAGGCCUACCAAAGAGGAAGUUUAGUAAAUAUGAAUAAUUUUAUGUUCGUUCACAUUUGCAAAGUUCAUUCUUUUUAAUUUAAACAUAGAUUUUAUUCAAUUUAUAGCAGCUUGCUAUAAUGUAAUGAACUAGAUAUAAAUGUAAAUACAAAAAUAGAUUAAACUCAGACGGCAUAUAAUAAUGUAAACUUAAAAGAGAAAAAUGAAUAUUUAUUGUUAAACAAAAUGGCGACUGGAGGAUUUAGUACAGAUAUAUUAUCUGAUGAAACAUUUGAUUUACUGUGUACAGUGUGUAAGAACAAGGGUAAGAAUACAGAAGCUGCAAAAUACUGCACAGAUUGUGCAGACUAUUAUUGUUUGACCUGUGUCAAAGUGCAUGACGAUGUACCAUUACUGAAAGGACAUAAAAUUCUUGAUCAGGGGAAAGCAAAGACAGGCACUAGGAAACACCUGCCUGUGGUCCCGACAGAGAGAUGUGAUAGACAUGGACAUAAACCUGUGGACAUGUACUGUCAAAACCACGACAAUGUUGGAUGUGCAGCAUGUAUGGCUGUUGAACACAGAUCUUGCAAAGAUAUAUUUUACAUACCAGAAUUCAUCCAAAACAAUGUGACUACAACUUCUACUCAAAACACUAAGAAGAAACUUGAAUCCACUGAGCAGACAUUGAAGAACCACCUCCAAAAUCUUGAGAAAGAAAAACAGAAUGUUUUGAAGAGAAAAUCUGAAUCUAUCGAAAACGUCAGAAAGUUUAGGAGAGAGGUCAAUGAAAGGCUUGAUGAAAUGGAGAGGAAUUCUGUAGCUGAAAUAGAAGAAAGAUAUAAAGCUGUGAUACAACAAAUAGAGGACGCCAUAAAUGCUCUCCAAGAAAACAAGAAGGAUGUUACAUUUGCACGAGAUACCUUAGCAGCUGCAGGCAAUAAUGUAUCCCAAGUGUUUGUAAGCAUAAAGAAAGGUCUUGCAGCUGCUAGCAAAGCGGACAAAUCGCUAGAAGAAAGAAGAGUCGGGAACCAGGACCAGGAGAUCAUCUUUACACCUGAUCAGAAUAUAAUUAAAAUGAUAACAGAGUUAAUUUCUCUGGGACAGGUUACACUGAAAUACAACAGAAAAUACCUAAUAAGAUCAGAUGAGCAGGUAAAACAGAAGGACACUUUACUACAGACAAAAGGAAUGAAGAAAUUUUCUGUAAAGAUCCCAUCAGACAAGAAGGACUGUGAUAUUUUCAGUUCCUGUUUUCUAUCAGAUGGAACAGUGAUACUUAGUGAUUACAACAACACCAAUCUCAAACGUUUGGACAGUUAUAAUUACUCUGUAAGAGAUCAUUAUGUCCUUCCUUGGACACCUUGGAAAGUGUGUUCAAUCAACAACCAGGAGGUUGCAGUGAGUUUAUGGCGAAUGCCAGAAAUACAGUUUGUAACAAUCGAAAAUAAAAUGACCAAAAAAUCAACAAUGAAAUUUGACUUUAACUGUUAUGGUCUAGCUUAUGCUGGGGACAUUCUGUACAUUUCAGAUAGGGAAUCAACAGUGUACAUGUACUCAUUAUCUGGACAAAAGUUGAUGCAGUGCAGUGAUCAGACAAUAAAGAAUGCAAUCUAUAGUCUAGCAGUCAGUAAGGAUGGCUCUAAGAUUUAUGCUGCUGUUCCCUACACUGGACUGUUUGCUCUGGACAACACAGGGAAGGUGGUCAAGACCUUCAAUAAUCCAAUGUUGAAUUGUGCCUUUGACUGUUAUGUUACUGAUAGAGGAAGUGUCCUUGUAUGUGGAGUUAGGUCCAACAAUGUGCUGCAGUUCACACCUGAUGGUGAGCUGAUGGGAGAGGUGGUCAAGUCUAAUAGAUGUCGGACUGUCUGCUGCAAUCAGCAAAUGACCAAAAUGAUUGUUGGCAAAAUGACAAAUGAAAUUGAAGUGUAUGAUUUGGUUUAAAAGUGGGUUAACAGAAAAUGUUUAUUAUGUCAUAAUUAAUGCUAUUCUUAUGAAGAAUAAGUCUUGUUUGUCAAUACAUUUUUAUGCACAUAAAAACUUUCAAAUUUUAGGGAUUAAAAUGACAUGUAUUCAAAUUCUGUUUAUAUCACAGUGUAGUAGUCUGUAAAGUUGCUGUCAGCACUAACUUACUGCCAUGUUCAUCUUUAUAAAACAUCAAUGUAUUUUUGUAAAGUAUCAAUGUAAACUACAAAAAUAAUAAUUCAAAAGGAGCAAGCCAUCUGACAUGCCUAAUAAAAGAUAAACAAACUCAAUAUUCUACACAGGCUUGACAAACAAUUAAUACUCAUUUUGUUAUUUCUAAGAUUUGCUUUCAAACCUAACUUGAUGAAGACAUUUAAGUGUUUCACCUCAACUAAUUCGAAAUAGCUGUAAGUAUUCAUGUACAUUUUGUAAAUAUUUCUAUAAAAUAAUAAAAUGAAAAAAAAAUCAAA